GCGUUCUCAAACUUUUAAAAUGUGUAUGUUGCAUAUUAUAUAAUUUUUUUUCUUUGCAAAAAUAUAAAAUUAGUUUUACGUCUUUAACUACGGAAAUUUUAUGUAUAAUUUUACAGAAUAACGUUCCAACUUUAAAUUUUAUUUAAAUAAAGUUUAAUCUAAAUUUUAAAUUAUUUAAGAAAAAUUUGCAUUUGCACGUUUUGAAAAGUGAUUUAAACACAUAAUGUUUAACACGAAAUGACUAAAUACUCGAUAAAUUUUAAAAAUAUUAACUAUAAACUUUAAUAAUCGAAGUUAGUGAUACAUAACGAUCAAAUGACUUUUUCAGGAUAAGUAUAUUAAUUAGACCAAGUGAAAUCGUAUGAUCUAUAUUGUGAUCUGUUUGUAUUAUGGACAUAUUUGUACAUAUUUGUACGUAUUAUGGAAAUGAAAUGAUCACGAUGCCAUUAUAUCCAUAUUUCGUUUCUUUUUUUUCUAUAUUUUAUGCUCAACAAAUUAAUGAGCUUCUAUUUUCAACCAAUUUUUUCCUUUAGUUUACUUGCACUAGAUGAUUUUCCUUUACUUUACUUGCACUAGAUAAGCAAACAAGACUUUUAUUUUCUUAUCUUCUUAUCUUUUUAUCUUCUUAUCUUGUUUGAUUGUGCUUAUCAAAAAAACUUUUUUCUUUGAAUAUUUUCUCUUUGUUGGAUUUUUUUUCUCUUUCUUUAAAAAUUUCAAUAUAGCAGAUACAGAUAAAUUUCAGUAUAAAUCUAGAUUUCAUAUAUAACAGGUUUUUUUUAUCUUUGUUUCAACUUUAUUGAAGUACAUUUUCAUCUCGAACAGAAUUCUGUCAUGACUUAGAAUUGUAAAACUUAUUAAUCGACUUAAUAAUAUAAAUUUUAAGGCUGAACUGAAAGCAUUAAAUGAUAAGUACAGUUUUUCUUACUCUAUAUAACAAUAUUGCAAAGUAACAUUUAAUAAAGCUUUUGAGAUUCAACUUGAGAUUCAAAGUAUGUUCUUGGCUACAUAAUUUUAAUUUAUGAUCCAUUAGAGUGCAGCGUUAGCUGAUCGUAGCUAGCUAGGACAAUUUCUAGCUAGCUAUCAAGGUCAAGAAAAGUAAAAUUCUUCUAGGAGAACCCGAGUGUUCUUUUUUUUUCUGUUGAGUAUUUCAUUGAAUACUUACAUAUAUACAGCAAUAUGUACCUGACAGAAGGUUAAAAUAAACAUGAUGCCCCUCUACAAACAUAGUUCCAAGAAUUGGUGGGGAUAGUGACCGUCAGCUAACACGGCAAAGUCCCAGUCAGCUAAUGCGGCACUAUUGUAUACAUUAUCGUUUGAACCAACUAUGUAAUGCACCUGUAACAGAUUUAGACGGAGUGGAUACAAAGUGAAGAAAAUAUUGUGCUUUGAUGCAGGCAUACGAACAUACUGAUGCUCAAGUGAUAACAAGAAUAGAAUUUGUCGAACUUUUGAUCAGUGUAAUUGAAGACAACUUAUUCAAAGUACAUGAUGUCAUCCUCUUCUGGUGCUAACAUAAGCAUAGCGGAUCGGUUAGAAAUUUUAACAAAGUUAGAAGAUGGUAUGACAGUGAGUGGCAUCGCCUGUGAAUACGGGCUGAGCAAAAGGACUAUACGACGAUACCGGCAGAAUUCAAAAGAAAUUCGCAACUUCGCGGCAAAUCCAAAGCAUCGGGAGAUGAAGAGGCAACGGAAAUCAACAUACACAGAUAUGGAGACGAAAUUGUACAAUUGGUUUCUGCAAAGGAAGUUAUUAGGAGAUUGUUUAACAGAUAAUAUCUUAAUUAAAAAGGCCAAAGAAAUGGAGACAGAGUUUGCUGGUACGUCGAAUUUCAAAGGGAGCCGGGGCUGGCUCUGGAACUGGAAGAAGAAGUACGAUAUUGAUAAGAAAACGACGAAUCCAAACGAAAUCGCCGCGAAUAAUUUUAUACGUGAAUUUUUGCAAACGUUAGUAAAGGAAAAUAUAGACGAAGAAGAUGUGUAUAAUAUAGACGAGACUAGUUUACUUUGGAGGGCACUUCCGUGGAAAACUUUAGCCCACGAAGAAAAAUGUUUGAUUAUAAAAGGAGAAAACGGAAAGACAGACAUAGUGACUGUCGCAUUUUGCGCAAAUACCAGUGGUACACAUAAAUUGCCAUUACUCUUUGUAAAUAAAUUCGCUAAUCCUCGAGCAUUAAAACAUUGCAGGGAUACACUACCGGUGGUAUAUAAAAGUCACCCUAAUGCUUGGAUUAACGAAGAUAUAUUUCGAGAAUGGUACAAUAAUCAUUUUAAGCAAUGUGUAAAAGAGCGCCAGUUACAGGAACAACGUGAAGGAAAAGUAAUAUUACUCGUUGAUAAUUUCAAGGCCCAUAAACUUGAAAAAGACGAACUGGACGAUGGGCAUUUCGUAUUAAUGUUUUUACCACCGAAUACUUCUUCGAUGAUUCAACCUAUGGAUCGAGGUGUAAUUGCCGAAUGUAAAAAACUAUUUAGGCAUAAACUGUUUCAUCAAGUACUUCAAGUACUGCAAUAUGAUGACGGUCUUACACAAUUUUAUGCUGAUUACGAUAUUAAAGAUUGUAUCAACUUUAUUAGUGAAGCAUGGGAUGAUGUUACAUUGCAAACUAUACAUAACUCAUGGGCGAAAAUUCUUAACCGUCAGGUUGAACUUGAUGAUGUUAGAACAGAGAAUCCCAUAGUCUCUGAAGAGAAGAAUGGGGAACAAUCGUUCAAUGUAAUGUCUGCCAAAGAAAUAACAGAAUGGAUUUCCAGAUGCGAACAAGUUGAAAUAAUUCUCGAAGAAACAUCAAUUGACGGAGAAAAUAAGUCACCAUCUUCCCCUCCCAUAGAGGGCGAAGAAAUAGAUCGUUUGCUGUAUAAUUUAAAAACAUUGAGUAAAAUCGAGCCAGAAAUUGAGGCCGACGCAAAACGAAUAAUAGAUUAUUUUAAUAAAACUGAAGAAAGAUAAUAUUGUUUGUAGAUGUUGUUACCAUUAUUUUUACAGAAGUACUGUAUCAUUUAAAUCAUAUAUAAUAUACGCCAUAUCGUCAAGAUUAUUUCUAUACAACUACUGUUAUAUACCCUUAUUCAUAGUUUGCAAGUUUCUAUAUUUUCUUUUAUUACGAUAAUUAAAUAUUUAAUAUUCAAGUAUGUGUUAUAUUGUAAUAUAAUAUUCCAGUAUUUGAAAUAACAAAAGAUAUAAAUUAUCGCUUAUUCGUU